CGCACAAGCCAGCGUAAUUUGUUGAUAUCCUCUUUUGACUGUAGUAUUGUGAGUCCCGAAGCUUAGCUCUUCCGAAUUCCGAAUUAACAAACACCGUUUGCGUCACUUGAGAGUGGAUGUGCUAGUCAAGAGAAGGUCUACAUGAGGGGCUAAUGGAAGACGCACGGGAUUUGGCUGAGCGAACCCCACGUUCAGAACGCAAGCGGAGGGAUUCGUUUGGGAUGUUAGAUGGCUAUGACAGUUGUAGUGAGGAGUCCACCAGCAGCUCCAGCUCAGAGGACAGCGAGGAUGAGGUGGUAUCCUCUCUCCCUGCCAGUCUUCCCAUUAUCAAGAACAAUGGCCAGAUCUAUACUUACCCAGAUGGAAAGGCUGGAAUGGCCACCUGUGAGAUGUGUGGAAUGAUUGGAGUCCGAGACGCUUUUUACUCUAAAACAAAGCGUUUCUGCAGUGUUUCUUGUUCCAGGAGCUAUUCUUCUAAUUCAAAAAAAGCCAGCAUUAUGGCGAGACUCCAGGGCAAGCCUCCAACAAAAAAGGCAAAAGUCUUACAGAAACAACCUCUUGUGGCAAAGUUGGCAGCUUAUGCUCAGUAUCAAGCAAGUCAACAGAACCAGGCCAAAUCAAAAGCUGUGGUUCCAUCGGAAAACUUUGACUGGGGCCACUAUAUAUGUGUCAAUAACACGUCCGGAGCGCCAGUCAGCUGUUUCAAGCAUGCUCCCAUGGGGACAUGCUGGGGAGGUAUUGAGCAAGGGGUGAGAAUUGAGGUGCUCAACUCUGACACCAACCACUCCACUAAGGUUUACUGGAUAGCAGAAAUUGUUAAGCUGGCAGGCUUCAAAGCUCUUCUCCGUUAUGAAGGUUUUGACAUUGACAGCAGUAAGGACUUCUGGUGUAACCUUUGUAUCCCUGAAGUUCAUCCUGUGGGCUGGUGUGCUUCUAGUGGAAAGCCUCUGGUACCGCCAAAAAGCAUACAACAUAAGCAUUCGAACUGGAAAGCCUUUCUCGUGAAACGUCUCACUGGAGCUAAAACGCUGCCGCCCGACUUUAAUAUCAAGGUGGUUGAAAACACGCAGUUCCCUUUUAAGAAGCUGAUGCGGGUAGAGGUGGUGGAUAAAAAUUAUCUAUGCCGGACGCGAGUUGCCUUGGUGGAGCAAGUGAUCGGAGGUCGGCUCCGGCUCGUCUACGAAGAGAGCCAGGAUGGAUCCGAUGAUUUCUGGUGUCACAUGUACAGUCCUCUAAUUCAUAAUAUUGGAUGGUCACGCAGCAUUGGACAUCGCUUUAAAAGAUCCGAUAUAACCAAGAAAAUUGAAGGUCAAAUUGAUGCUCCCCCACAGAUCUUCCAAAAGGUUAGAGAUGUGGACCAAAGUGCGGAUUGGUUCAAGGACGGCAUGAAAUUGGAAGCUAUCGAUCCCCUCAAUCUCUCAACGAUAUGUGUAGCUACUGUUAGAAAGGUGUUAGCAGAUGGCUAUCUUAUGAUUGGAAUUGAUGGUUCUGAAGCGGUUGAUGGAUCCGACUGGUUCUGCUACCAUGGCACCUCGCCCUCCAUCUUCCCUGUUGGCUUCUGUGAAAUCAACAACAUUGAACUAACCUCCCCUCGAGGGUACACUAAGCUUCCAUUUAAAUGGUUUGACUACCUCAGAGAAACUGCUUCAAUAGCUGCUCCUGUUAAGCUCUUCAACAAGGAAAUUCCCAACCACGGUUUCCAACGAGGCAUGAAGCUGGAGGCUGUUGACCUGAUGGAGCCACGUCUGGUGUGUGUCGCGACAGUGACGAGAAUCGUACAUCGGCUCUUAAGGAUCCACUUUGACGGCUGGGAAGAUGAGUAUGACCAGUGGGUUGACUGCGAGUCACCUGAUCUUUAUCCUGUGGGUUGGUGUCAGCUGACGGGCUAUCAACUUCAACCCCCUGCUUCCCAGAGUACCAGGGAAAUGUCUCAGUCACUACCCAAGCAGAAGAAAAAAGCCCAGCAGUAUAAAGGCCAAAAGAAAAAGAGGAAGAUUCCCGUUGGUCGGCGACCCUUCAGUCAGGCAGUCAGAAGGAGAAGCUUCUCAGGGGAUGAAGAGCAGAGUCCACCCUUUUACCAUGUCGAGGGGCCAGCUCAGCUCCAAUUCCGAACUCACCUCCACCAAACUCAUAAAUCAGACUCACUCAUGCAAAUGAAGGAGGAGAUGAUGGAGACGGAUGAGUUCAACUUUUCCCAAGGCAACUCCGAUCAAGAGAGUAAUGGCUCAGGAACAUUCUACAUUAAACAGGAACCCUAAGGUCUGGGAUGGAAAGCAGGACAAACGGGAGAAGACUGCGAGAAGUACGGAGAAUCAGUGUGAGUGCACAUUUUAUCAAUGGUAAUGAAGAGCAUGGUCAGUUCCACACCUCGUGAAAAUAAUAUGGGUAUUCUCCGCAAUCAUUUCCUUGUGUGUAUAGUUGACUGGUGUUAUGAGCUCCCUUCUCCUGUCUGAACAUUCAACUAAGCUAUUUUUCUAAUAUAUGAACAAUAAGAAUAAACCUUUUUUCCUACGCAUUCCAUGUCAGUUUAAGGUGCUCCGAGCCUGCAUAAAAUGUCAUAACUGUGUCUUGUGGUGGGUCAUUUUGAUUUUGGUUUCUUACUCCUUACUUAACCACUGAAAAUAGAAAUUCCAAGACACUUGACAUAGAAGCUGGCACAAAGAGGAAGCAUUUUUUUUCUCCCCCAUUUCUUGGUUUUUGCUUUUUUUUUUUUUUCCUCUAACGGAUCAUUGAUGAAUAGUAGUGCUUGAAUUGUUUGUGUUUUGUCUUAAUGUAGCUUUUUUUUUUUUUACACUUGCUUUUGUGGAUUUGUGGUGAAACCUUGAAUGUAAAUUAAAAUGAUUAUAGUGAUUGUUUGGUGGAAAACGUUCAAAGUGAAAAGUAUCUGUAUUCAAGAUUUUAAUGACACUAUAGUCAUUGAAAGUACGGCAAAAACUUGCUCAGAACUAGGGAUGCUCCCAUCAGGGUUUUACACUGCUUAUACCGACACAGAUCAUCCAUGAGUGAUUAACCAAUACCGAUAAUGUGGCUUUGUUGUAAAAUUGUCAAUUUUAGAGCUACAACUGCCAUUUUUUUCUUAAAUAAUAGAUUAAUCUGAGUUGAUUUACUGUUUGUAACAUGUCAGAAAAUGGAGGUAAAUGUGGCUCAUUAUUCCCCGCCCCCAGUAAAAUUUGCUUUUUGCAAAUGUCCAAUUCAGAUUAAACCCAAGGAUAAUCACCAUUCAGGUUUCCAUAAAGCCUUGUAUUCCAGUUGCUGAGCUAAACUGCUACGAAGUUAGAUGCAAAUGCUAAUUUAGUUAUUGCUGGCUAGCAACAAUGUAUAUGUGCUUUGAAAAUAUUUCUCAAUUACCCUCCUACUUUCUUCUAGAGCCGUCUUUUUCUCUAGUUUCUUCUUGUUUAUAAUUUAAAUUUUCUCUGUUACUUUACAUUUUCAUUAUAGAGAUAUCAAUCACACUGUCACAACAUUCAGGUCUAAUUAUUUAAUUUAUACAAAAAGAAAGCUAAUUCAUAACCAAAUCUUAACCUCUUUAUAGAAAAUGUCUAGUCAUGCUGAUGAAUUCCUAGAUCUCAUGUAUUUAACAACUUUCUCUUCUUUCUUUUAAUUUCUUUGGAUGUGUAUUUAUUCUUUUCUUGUUGUGACCUAUCUCCAUCACACCAACUAUUCAUUAUUUUCCAAUUAAUACACAUGACCCCUUAGUCAUCCUAAAUUUGUUCAACUGACUAUUCAAUUGUUGUCAAUGUUCAUCCUGUAAAUAAAUCAUCCCAUAUUGAUAUAUAUAGAUAUAUAUAUAACAUUUAACAGCAGUUCUGAUCCAUUCCCAAACUACUAUAUUUUAUUGUUCCAACAAAUAUUGACCUCUUUAAUGUGCCACUUUUAUAUUGUUCACAUAAACUGAUGUGUUGUACUAUCCUUGCACAAUCUCCAACUUUUCUCUUCUAUAUUUGAUAUUUCCUCAAACAUUUGCUCUCAUCCUGUAAAUGAAUCAAUAAUAAAAAAAAA